AUGGACUGCGGCUCCGUCGCGGCCGAGAGGCCGAAGCGCCCGUCCGGCCGCCGGCGGCUCCUGCUCCUCCUGGCCGCCGGCCGCGCUGGAGGCCCGGGCGGCCGCGGAAUCCCCGCGCGCCGCCUCCUGCCCGCGCUCCCCUGCGGUCUAGGGGCGCUGCGCCCCGGCGCUCAGGCGGCCCGCUGCGGCGCGGCACGUGCCUCCCCGCUGCUCCUCCUCCUUCUGGUGCCCUGCCCGCGCCGGGCGGCCGCGGCCCCGCGUCGGCCGCCGGCGGACUGGGAGCGCCCGCGCGCCGGGCCUCCGGCACCCCCGGGACCCCCGGCCGGGCGCAGCGGCGUGUGGAGAAGCCAGCCGGGCCUGGCCCCGGGCCUCACGGGUGCGGCGGGCGCGCUCCCCCGGUGCCUCGGCCGGGUGGCCGCCCUGGCGUCCUCCAGGAGAGAGCUGAGCCUCUGCGCUGGGAACCUGCAGCUGGACAGCAGAAGGAGAGAGUUCACCUCUUGCGGGAACGGGAAGCGCUACUUUGACACGCAUGCCUUAGUGUGUGUGCUGGAGGAGAAUGGGUUCACUACUCAACAAGCAGAGGUCAUUGUAUCUGCCUUGAUCAAGAUCGUGGAGGCCAACAUGGAUAUCAUCUACAAAGAUAUGGUCACCAAGAUGCAGCAGGAGAUCACUCUUCAGCAAAUAAUGUCUCAGAUAGCUAACGUGAAGAAAGAUAUGAUUAUUUUGGAGAAGAGUGAAUUUUCAGCCCUCAGAUCAGAAAAUGAGAAAAUAAAACUUGAGCUCCAUCGGUUAAAACAGCAAGUAAUGGAUGAAGUGAUCAAAGUCCGAACAGAUACCAAAUUAGACUUCAAUCUAGAAAAGAGCAGAGUGAAAGAACUGUAUUCGUUAAACGAAAGGAAGCUGCUGGAAAUAAAAACAGAAAUGGUGUCACUGCAUGCCCAGCAGGAUCGGGCCGUCACGCAGACAGACAGGAAGAUAGACACCGAGGUUGCUGGCCUUAAAACCAUGCUUGAGUCGCACAAGCUUGAUAAUAUUAAAUAUUUAGCAGGAUCUGUAUUUACGUGCCUAACAGUAGCUCUGGGAUUUUAUCGCCUGUGGAUAUAA